UUUCAGUUUAACUAUAAAUUGUUAUGUUGCAUCUGCUUUAAUAUGCUGCAAAUCAAUGGCAACGCGCUUAAACUGUUAAAUAAAAAAUGAGUCGUAGGAACUUGAAAAGGGUGGAUUACAGCAAAUUUUCUACAAGUUGCAAGUCCGAUAGCGAAGAUGAUUUUCAAGAUUCUCCUCCUUCUGUUACUAAAAAAGUGAAGACAAUAAAAGACAAGAAUAUACAAAAUAAGAAAACAGUUGUGAAAAAGAAUCAGUCAAAUUAUGCUUCAAACAGAACGUCUCGCACUUCAAAUGUAGAGGCUUUAUUUGAGCAAGAUGUGUUAACAGCAAUUGAAGUAUCUCGAAGCAAUAGUUUAAAUACCAAAAAGAAGAAAGAUAUUAUUAGUAUAUCUGAUAGUGAAGAGGAAGUUGUUAAUUUAUUAAAAAAGAAAAGAAAAAGUGUCCCGCUUGAAGAUAGCUCUGAAGAGGAAUCGUCCAGUUCCUGUCGUCUUGCUGAUACUGUAUUAAUUAUAAGACAUGAUGAUAAGAAGUCAGACACCCUAGAGAGUAAUAUAAAAGAAGAAUCAAAUGGGUCACCGCUAAAAAUGGAAAAGAAAGUAUCAAAACCAGUCGUCAAAAAUAAAGAAAACAAGAAAAAUGUAGCUAUUAACAAUUUACCUACAGAGGAUAUACGCAAAACAACGAAUAAUAACGGAAAUAAAAAAGGAUCGGUAACUCCAAAACAACUGCCAAACAAAAACAGUCCCGUUCUUAGCAGCAGUAAAGUUUUAACACCUGGAAGAUUGAGGCUUGGUCUUUCAAGAAAUAUAAGAAUUGCGAAACCGUUACAUUCUAAUGUGAAUAUGUAUCCAUGUUGACUGAUUGACUGGCUGACAACUGUCAAGUUUAGUAACAAAUUAAUGUUGAUGUCACUAUGGGGUCUAUUUUUCCAUUUUAAUCUGUAUAUAUUAAUUUUGUAAUAAAUUUUUAUUUAAAUAUUUAUUUUUAAUUUG